CUGCGGAGACGGGGGGUUGGGUAGCUGGGUAGCCGAUUGGCUGCUGCUCACCAACACAGUCAGCCUGGGCUUGUUUUAACAUAACCGGGGGCACUUCGACUAGCACGAAGAUAAAAUAUGUAGUAAAUAAUCUGCUGUGGCAGAGGGAGACACCGGUCGUGGCUCUCAAGGGGUAGCAGCAGAUUUAAUCUUGUUCUUCACUGUAAAGCUGACAGUUUCUAAGAGGAGGGCCGUCGCUGCUGCCGUCGCCGCUGCUGCUGAUGAGGCGAUGAAGUGCCGAGAAUGAGAGCUGUGCCUGGGCCUACUACUACUAUCAGAGCUGCUGCAGCUGGGAUUGUGCAGGCAAAGCCGAGGAAAGCAGUCGCUUUGUGUCACUCCAACAAAGAUCCGCUGUUGGUUUGACGGUGACCGACCUCCAAAUGGAUAUAAGGAUGACAACAUGAAUCAGUCAUACAGACCGGGUCCUAGGGUCGAAUCAGUGUUUGGCCCCAGCCAGCCAGAUCUGAGGGCCCGAAACGGCCCUCUGAGCACUUCUUAUAGGAGCCAAUGUGGCACUGUGACUCGUGGACCAGGCCAGCUGCCACAGUCUGCUUUCCUGGGAUACAAUCAGCUGGAGCGUUUUCGCUGCUACAGUCCACAGAGGAGACAACAGCGCCUGAAUGCUGACCCCCAGGACAGGAGCAGCUUGCGCUGUGCAAGUCCAAUCACUGAUGAUGACGAUGACGAGUUUCAGCCACCAGCAGUCCAACUGCCUCCAUCCCCUGGCACUGACAACAUGGAGCCAUUCGAGACUCUGCAUGCAGGUUACAGCCCGCAGAGGAGACCGCAGCGCAUGAACGCCUCACUCAACAGCAAAGACUUUCACCCCAGGAGCAACUUGCACUGUGCAAGUUCGAUCACUGAUGAAGAUGAGGGGUUUGAGCCACCGCCCAUCCAGCUACCUUCAUCCCCUGGCACAGAUGACAUGGACCCCUUUGAAAGCCUGCAGAACGGGAGCAGGAACGGCUUCUCCCCUCGCAGUCCAGACAGCUUCGAGCGCAUCCCCGACGCUCCCAUCGCGUUUUGGGAGCAUCGGGGCUUGCAUUUUGGGUCCAUGCUGUUUGACAGCAGUGACAUCAAGGAGGAGGAGGAGGGGCACGGCGGCGUUCAGGACCUCAAGCCUUUUCAGCUCCCCUCAAACACGACCCAGGACAGAAGCGUCACUGGGAGCAAAAGCACAUGCAACUCAGUGACAGAGAGACGAGCAUACAAACCCACAGUUUUUAAUCUGAUGUCCAAAACAAUUUCUGAACUUAACCCCACACUAAGCCCCAGUGCACUGCCAGAAAUCACUAUGAGAGACGGGUGGAAUGUGGGCGAGGAGUCGGACAGUGAAGUCGAACUCACCUCUCCUGUUGACCCUGGGCUUGUCUCACCAGCUGGUACCAACUCUAACUCCAACAGCCCGAAGAAAAAACUUCUCCCUGUUGUGAAGUACUUGGAAGGAGACCUGGUGUGGGCAAAAUUCAACAGACGACCUUGGUGGCCCUGCCAGGUCCUCUGUGACCCAAACCUAGGGAUCCACACAAAAAUGAAAGUACCAAGUAAUCGUCCUUGUCGGAUGUAUUUCCUGGAGACGGUGGGCGAGGUCACUGAACGCACCUGGGUCCCAGGGAGCGUCAUUCUACCAUUUGAAGGGGGACAUCAGUUCGAUGAGCUGCCUGUUCUUAGACGGCGGGGAAAGCAGAAAGAGAAGGACUACAAGUAUACGAUUCCAAAAAGUUUGCUGACCGCAUGGAAGGUCAGUGUGGCCGAAGCCGAGUAUCUGCUCCCUGGUCGACAGAGGAACAGUGAGAGCACACUUUCACUACCUGUCAAUGGAGAAGAACAUCCGACCAGCCUUCCUUCAUCCGAAGAGCCGCUAGAGGCCCCCUCCGCCUCCAUUGUCCCAAAUCGACCCAACUCACCUGGUCCGGCGACCAACGGGAAUGGUCACCAUCUCUUCAAAAACUCCACAGCACACGGCAAUAAGAGCAAAACUUUCAAAAAGAAGAAGAAAUGCUUGUCGGACAUAUUUGGUCAUAUUGUUGGUGGAAAGGAAACAGCCAACAAGGCUGGUCAGCUUCAUGCAACAACACGUGCACUGAAAGAGGAGCCGAAGGACUCGCCUUAUGCCGAUUUGGACUCAGUUCCGAUGUUGAAUCGACCUAAACGCACAGCUCUUUCUCCAAUAUAUGAUGCCGACGCCACGGGCAGAAAGGAGCACGCUUCAGUAAAAGUGAAAAAGACAUCUAAAAAACUAAACCUUUGCUCGGACCUGCCUGAUUCGUCCUGUAUAUUUCAAAACAAAGCGACCUCUAAAGACCCUGAGCAGAGGCCGGGCAAAUUGCCCCAAUGUUCCAGUGAAAAGCACUCUGGGGCUCUUUCUGCCAGCAGCCGUCUGAUAACAAAGGCUCUGAAAGCAGCAGAAGAGACCAAUCACAAAGAUGGACCAGCCACAAGCCGAGUCCCAGCAGAAGCUCCUCCUGAAGACUGCUUCGGAAAAACUCCUACUGAUGCUGCCGUCAAAGCUGAACUGUCUCCAAAUCGGAAAUACCCCAGCAAAACCUGCUCCUUUGGUAACCACAGCUCUCCGAAACGUCGCGCGAGGAAGCUGAAUAAGAAACCAGUUCACAACGGCUCGGUGGUCGGGUCAAAGUGCGAGGGGAUGACUCGGCCCGCGCAGCAGCCGGUCAAAAUCAAGGCGGAAAACAGUCCGUCAGAUCUAUCUACCUCCUCCUCUCUGUCUCUGUCUCCAAUGGACACCUUUCAGGAUAGUAAAGAAUUAAGGUUCAAAUCGCUAGUGAUGGAGAACAACAGUGACUCUGAGCUGAGUGUCUUUCGGCCUGACUCCAAUUACAAAUUUAGCACUAUUCUGAUGCUGUUAAAGGACAUGCACGACACUCGAGAAAAAGAAGGCAAACCGCUGGUGCUGCCGCCGUCGGCUACCUUGAUAAAGGAGGAACCCCUGGUGAUCCCCACCGCAGCAGAAGGUGGUCCGCUGAGAGGCUCCUGCGAAGGUCUACCUCUUCAGAUCAAAUUAGAGAACGGGCAGUCGGAGAAACCUACGCUGAGCCAAAGCACGCCGGUGAAAACCAAACUCUGCACUAAAGCGGGCGCCUCGGUCGACACCCAUCACUGUGAAGACUUUCCUUCUCACGCUGAGGUCGGGAGUGCGGAGAAGCAGCGCAGAAAACAAAGGCUUCCGUCUAAACUGAAGCUCACAACGCCUGACCUGCGUUUGGAUGUUCCCGAGAGAGACUUCAUCAGCAUCCAGUCUGACUCGACAGAGCCUGUAGCGGACCCAUUUGGCCCCGAUUCCUCCACCAGCUACCUGGAGAAGUCCUCGGAAAUAGCUGUGGCUCCAAAGAAGCGCUGGCAGCUGGUUGAGGAAGCUGCUGAGACCGAGGCAGCUGGGAGCGAGAGGUCCGCUGAGACUGAGGCACCUGCCGAGAUGAAGGGUUCUCCGACAAUGAGAGCUUCUCCAGAUCUUGAGGCGCACACAGAGAAUGACUCGCACUCUUCAGAUGCAAGCAGCACAGCCGGACAAUCUGAGAACAAACGUCUCCGGAAACCAACCAAGAGGCUCUUGGAGUCCACCGAGGAGUAUGAACAAAUAUUUUCCACAAAAAAGAGGUCAAAGAAACACACGGCAGAUUGUUCCAAACUGGACACUUCAGGGAUUACGGCACUCCAUGAUCUCAGUGCUACAGAAGCCAUGGAUACCUCAACGUCGUCUUUAGCGGAGCCAGGAGAGGCUCGGGUAAAGAUGGAUCCGAGUCCGUCUCAGGAAGAGUUUUCUCCUCCGGCACCACCUUUGUCUCCUGUCACAGCACCACCCCGCUUUGACGCAGACGCAGCAGAGGAAACGGAUCUGUCUUUUGAGUGUGACUCGGGAGCAUCUCUUCAAGAAAGAAAGAGGCCCAGAAAACUCUCACACAAGGCGAUGGAGUGUACCAUAGAAGAAGUGUCGGCAGGUUCCUCAAAGAAAAAGGAAUCUAAGCGGAAACUCGGCAUUUCCCCAGACGCAAAAGUGUUGGUCAAGAAAACACAGGCUGCAUCCGUGACGAAAGACAAAUCUUCCCCCUGCGCAUCGUCCGUCCCUGCUGAAGCCGCCAAGCGUCCAGAGAGCAGGUCCCCGAGCCCUCAGCGGUGUAAGACCCCGAAGCAGGAGGCUGAGACGGAGCCCUGCAGCACCGAGGAGAAACAGGAGGAACACACUGGAACACUAACUCCUAAACCUGAGGUCAUGACGGCGGGUUUGAAUGACAGUCUCUCGUCCCAGGGUGAUGUUAAGGGAAAAAUAGGAGCCGCGUCUUUGAAGGAGAGCGUCUGCCAGGUGUGUGAGAAGACAGGAGACCUUCUGGUGUGCGACGGUCCGUGUUUCGGUGCCUUUCACCUGCAGUGCAUCGGCCUCUCUGUGGCCCCCAAAGGAAAAUUCCUCUGUCAGGAAUGUAAAACCGGUGUUCAUAACUGCUUUGUGUGUAAGAAGUCUGAUAACGGAGUGAAGCGCUGCAUCAUCCCCCUUUGUGGGAAGUUUUACCACUCGGACUGCAUCAUGGCGUAUUCGCCCACCCAGCCACAUAACAAGGGCUUCCGCUGCCCUCUGCAUGUCUGCCUGUCAUGCCACAUCACCAACCCUCUCAACGCCUGCAGCACCAAAGGUCGGCUGGCUCGAUGCGUCCGCUGUCCCGUAGCUUAUCACCCCAACGACAACUGCAUGGCAGCAGGCAGCCUAGUGUUGUCCAACAACAGCUUCCUGUGUCCCAACCACUUCACUCCUCGCAAAGGCUGCAAGAACCACGAACACAUAAACGUUAGCUGGUGCUUUGUCUGCUCCGAAGGGGGCAGUCUGCUGUGCUGUGAAUCCUGUCCUGCUGCUUUCCAUCGGGAAUGUUUGAAUAUAGAGAUGCCUCAGGGUAGCUGGUUCUGCAACGACUGCAAAGCCGGAAAGAAACCUCGCAUGAAGGACAUCCUUUGGGUCAAAUGGGGGCGAUACAGGUGGUGGCCCGCUGAAGUGUGUCUGACCAAAGACGUCCCAAACAACAUCUUGAGGAUGAAACAUGAAGUGGGGGAGUUCCCGGUGCAGUUCUUUGGCUCCAAAGAUUUCGUGUGGACGUACCAAGCCAGAGUCUUCCCCUACAUGGAGGGUGACACUCACAACAUCGAAAAAAUGGGGAAAGGUUCUGACGCGGUGUACAAGAAAGCCUUGUCUGAGGCCGCAGAGCGUUUCAAAGAGCUACAGACCGAGAGAGAAAUGAAGCAGCUUCAGGAGGACAGAAAGAACGACAAGAAACCACCUCCGUACAAGCACAUCAAGGUGAACCGACCCAUUGGGAAGGUGCAGAUCAUCACUGCCGACCUGUCUGAAAUCCCCCGCUGCAACUGCAAGGCGUACGACGAAAACCCGUGCGGCAUGGACUCGGAGUGCAUAAAUCGCAUGCUGAUGUAUGAGUGCCACCCGCAAGUGUGUGCAGCCGGGGAGCGAUGUCAGAACCAGACUUUUACAAAGCGACAGUACACCACCGUGGAGAUUUUCAGGACGCUGUCCUGUGGGUGGGGUUUACGCGCAGUCUCUGAUAUCAAGAAGGGUGCUUUUGUGAGUGAAUAUGUUGGGGAGGUGAUCGACGAGGAAGAAUGUCGCGCCAGAAUCAGACACGCUCAGGAGAACGACAUCUGCAACUUCUACAUGCUGACCCUGGACAAGGAUCGGGUCAUCGAUGCUGGACCCAAAGGGAACCAGGCACGCUUCAUGAACCAUAGCUGCCAACCAAACUGUGAGACUCAGAAGUGGACUGUGAACGGGGACACCAGGGUUGGGCUGUUCGCUCUGCAGGACAUCCCAAAAGGGGUUGAGCUGACCUUCAACUACAACCUGGAGUGUCGUGGAAACGGGAAGACUGCUUGUAAAUGCGGAGCUCCCAACUGUAGCGGUUUCCUGGGGGUCCGACCAAAGAACCAGCCACCAGCGGAGAAAAUGAAACUGAAGGAAGGGAAGAGGAAGGGCAGCAUGAAGAAGAAGACCAAGCAACAAGUAACGAAGGAGAGGGAAGACGAAUGCUUCAGCUGCGGCGACGGAGGCCAGAUAGUGUCCUGUAAAAAGCCGGGAUGUCCCAAAGUCUAUCACGCUGACUGCCUCAACUUGGCAAAGCGGCCUGCAGGGCGAUGGGAGUGUCCAUGGCAUCAGUGUGACGUUUGCGGUAAAGAGGCAGCCUCGUUCUGCGUGAUGUGCCCCAACUCGUACUGUAAAGAGCACCGAGAAGGCAAGCUCUUCAUCUCCAAGCUGGACGGAAAGUUGUCCUGCAGCGACCACGACCCGUGCGGGCCCGAGCCACUGGAACCCGGGGAGGUACGGGAAUACGUGCCCAACAUGGCCUCCAUGAGGCCCGGGAACAUGGCCGUGCCCGUCCCUCCCGAAGCGCUUCCGGCCGCCGCAGGAGCAACUCCUCCUUCGUCUUCUUCUGCUGCUUCCCUCUCCUCCGCUCCCUCCGAGGCUGCUCCAUGCGACCGAGAGCCUCCCCCUCGCCUCUACAUCAACACAAAGACUGCUACCUCCAGCUUCGUCCCCUCCAACACCUCCUACCUCACUGACAGAACCGAACUGAAAACCGGCGCCGCCCGCGAGGGAGAGGACGGAGAGGUGGAGGACGGCGAGGUGUACGGGCUAGACACGGAGGAGGACGACGACGAGGAGGACGAGGAGGACGAAGAUGACGACGAGGACAAUGAGACUCAGGAGAUGGAGGUUGUGGAGGAGGAGGAGGAGGAAGAAGAGGAGCCGCCUUAUGGAAGCGACGCACUAGAAGACGAAGAGGAGGAGGACGACGAGGAAGGAGGGGACGUGUGCGGGACGUGGGGCGGCUACGUGGACGACGAUGCUGAUGAUGAAGAGGUGGAGGAUUGGGGGAGGCUGGAGGACGAUGAGAAGUGACUCCGUCUGUAACGCUGAGCAGGAGCUCCCUCCACGCGCUGACAGGACUGAAGGAGUUCCAUAUUUUGGUACCUACUUGAACGCAGCACUGCCUUCACUGUGGUACAGCAUUGCCUUCUCGUCUCCAGACUGACAGCGGGGAUGUGCUCUGGUGCUAAGGCUGAACUGUUGUCUCACUCAGUCUCUUUAUAUUCCUGUCCAGACUUUUAUUUGUGUUUGGUGCUCUCUUGAUUUGUUCUGUCUUUUCACACUGUUUACAUAGUUCAACCCUUUUUAUGUUUUUCUUUUUCUUUUUUUUUUAAAUGUUUGUAAUAUAAAAAAUGAGUGAGAAGUUUGACCAAACCGUCAUCAUGAGGCCGUCUUGUCUCGUCGUCCCCAUCCUCUUUCUGUUUCCAGGAGUCGUUGAAUCCCUGUUACAGUUAAGCAGAAACAGUACCUUCUCUGUUUGUGAGGAGUGAAAAAUAAACCCACUGGAGUCAUUCAUUUCAGAUAAACAUU